AUGCCCGUGGCUCGCAGUUCGCGCUUUCGAGGGAGCCACCGGUGGCGAAUCUGGCCCUUUCGGUUUGGGGAUAAAACCGAAGCUUCCGCAAGACAUCUGUACAUUUGUGACUUCCACAAAAACUUAAUUCAGAGUGUGAGGAACAGAAGAAAGAGGAAAGGCAGCGAUGAUGAUGGUGACUCACCAGUGCAAGACAUCGACACUCCAGAGGUUGAUUUAUAUCAGUUACAAGUAAACACACUUCGAAGGUACAAAAGACACUUCAAGCUACAGACCAGACCGGGACUUAACAAAGCACAGCUCGUUGAAAUAAUUGGCUGCCAUUUUAGGACAAUUCCAGUGAAUGAAAAGGACACCUUAACAUAUUUCAUCUACUCGGUGAAGAAUGACAAGAACAAACCAGAUCUAAAGCUGGAUAGUGGGGUUCAUUAGGCGGAAAAGGUUGGGACUGAGACUCAGGCCGCAAAUCAAAAGACUGAGGGGUUUUGUUGAUAUGCAAAAGCUUUCUUUGUAACUUUUUUUUCUCCCCAGAGAGUUUGUCUCUGUUUUAUUUUUCAUAACCUUGCUGAUUUGUUUGAAAACCAUCUCUUAUGAAACAAAUUUCCUCAGCAAAAGUAUUUUAAAUAAAUAUCACUGAUAUUGUUGCUCAA